AUGAGCAAUCCACAUCUAAAUAAUUCUGCUCAUCCAGUACGGCGUCGGUUUGACUCCGAACAUGCUGAUACGAUCCAGUCCGAAAUAUCAAUGUCUGUGGUUACAGAUGAUACUAGAAUGUUUGGUAAUAGACGAAGAAGUACUUUUAUGGGAGUAAAUGAUUCGAGCGGAUGUUGUUUUUCCAUAAAUGCUGAGCCAGUUCUGUUCCUAAUAACCUCAUGUUUUGGAAUUUAUUCAAUAAACACAUCGUUGUUCACCUAUUGGGCGAGAUGCGUUGAAAUCGCUCAAGGCAGAUCCGAUUUGUCGACGAAUGCGACAUAUUCUUGCGCGCUGCUCUCGAAGUUAAACUCAACAUUAGAGAAUGAUGUGCAAAGUGAUAUUGCGGAUGCAAAAAUUUAUCUACAGCUAGCAAGCUCAAUACCGACUCUGAUAAUUUGUCCAUUGAUCGGAACCUAUUCCGAUAGACACGGCCGCAAAUUACCUUUAAUAUUUUCAUUGUUUGGCAUAUUAUUGGCAACUAUUUGCCAUUUAUUGUCAACACUCACAUACACUUCAAUCAACAUGUAUUACUUUUUGUUCGCUGGCGAAACUAUCAUGGGACUUUUCGGAGGAGGACCUUCUGUGAUAACAACAUGUCUCGCAAUUGUUACUGACGAUGUUCGACAUAAACUCAAGCCGGGAUCUUCUACGGUUCCAAUGCGAGUUAUGAUAUCUUCAAUCGGGCAAUCUGUUGGAAUGAUGUUCGGGACAUUUAUCGUGUCACUUAUCUCAAUUCCCGCGCUGUCUUCGAUUGAGAAGCACUCUUUUGGAUAUGUGAAAUGCGCAACAAUCCAAGUUGGAAUAUCGUUAAUUGCAUUGAUUUACACCGUAUUUUUCGUUCGAGAAACGCAUUUUCCCAAACACGAAGAUUUCCAAUACAAUGUCUUUAAUGAAGAAGACGAAGAAGUUGACGAGCAAAAUGAAAUAGCACUGAAACAUUCGAGAUGUCGACGUUUGUUCCAGUACGUUUCUGCUGUGCUGACAGUGCUUACAGUACGCCGACCAGGCUGGACAAGACUCUGUCUUUGCGUAUCGUUGAUACUAAUAUUCGUCGAGUUUCUCUCGAAUGACCCUGCACUUUUACUUCUGUUGGUUAAGAGGAUGCCAUUUUCGUGGAACGAUUCGAUGUUCAGCUACUUCUCGCUAAUUCGCAGUUUUAUCUCAACAGCUGGAAUGAUUUUUUGUCCACUUCUACUCACAUUGUGUCAUUGGCUCGGUAAAGAUUCUUUGCUUAUCAUCGCCGGAUUGUUGGCAUCUUCUUUCAUCUCAUUCAUAACUGCAUUCGCCACUUCAACUGAGCAUAUUUUCAUUACUGCUGGAUUGACUCUUCUAACCGGUGCAAUGCAACCAGCAUAUCGUUCUUUCCUUCCACGAAUGGUGGCUAAAGAAGAAACCGCCCGUCUUUUAACAUGUGCAACGAUUCUUCUUUCGUUUUCUCCAAUUAUUUCAUCGUUGGUUUUUAAUUCAAUUUUCGAAGCCUCGAUGACAUGGUGGCCAGGAUUCGCAUUCUUCGUUGCUGGAAUAUUUCAAGCCACUGUUUUCAUUGGUCAAACAAUUGUACAUAUUUUGAUGCGACCCCAGUGGAAAUUGGAUAAACAAUUGAGAAAUCGUAGAUUAGUUGAGAACGAGUCUCAAGAAGAGAUCGACGAUCAUCCACCUGAUUCUGAACAACGGAGUAUUUCAAACACAGCUGUGGAUUCGGACGGUGUUGAUAACGCCAUGGCAGCGCCAAGAAAGAGUAGUGAUGCCAUUUUGGCAAAAGCCUCCAAUUUUGGGCAAAUGUUGGAAGAUGUACGAAAAUUGGCAAUCUCGAAAUCGCUUUGGGACGAUGAAAUGCAGCGCGAUUUGCCGAAGAAGUGGGAGAAACACGGCGAUUUGAUCGUAUUUCCGCAAAAUAGUUUUACUCAUAAAAACUGGAGAUAUAUCGGUCGAGAAGUGUGGCCAGUAGUUGCAAAAGCUUUAAAUGUGGCCCGAGUAGGACGAAAAAGACAAAUCGAUGAGCUCCGAACACCUCAUGUCGAUUUGCUUUAUGGCUCCGAUGGAUGGGUUGAACACAUCGAUGAGCGUGGAGUUCGAUUUCUCUAUGAUGCCACAAAAAGAGUUUUCGAUAAUUACAAGAAGACCGAAAUGAAAAGAAUCGCAAAGUGGGCGUGUCAGGGACAAACAAUUAUUGAUUUAUAUGCGAGUUUGGGAUACUUUUCUUUAACAUUUUUGGUGGCUUGUGAAGCAAAAAAUGUGGUUUCAAUUGACUGGAAUGAAGAUAUUCUCGAGAGUCUGAUCAGAAGCGCACAAGUGAAUCACGUCGACGACAAACUCCUCGUGAUUCACGGCGACUGUCGUCGAGUAUGUCCGUCGCAAUCAGCUGACAGAAUCUAUCUCGGGCUUCUUCCCUCGUGUAAAGCUCAUUGGCUGGUUGCUUGUAAAGCAUUGAAACCCGAAGGAGGAAUGAUUCACAUCAAUGAAAUUAUUGAUGUGAAUGCGAAAAAGGAAGCCGAGGUUAAGAAGGAACCAAGAAAACUAUUAAGACAAGCCACAUUGCCGGCCACAAUGCCAGCUGAAGAAGACGAGCUCGAGAAACGAUUGAACGCCGUUGCUGAGAGGCUGAAAAAGGAAAAACAAGAAUCAGAUGAAAAUCAAAUUCCAUCCGAAACGGAGGAGAAGAAGGAAAAGAAGAAGUUCACAAGAUCGGCGACGAUUGUUGAAGAAAUGGAAAAUCGUGUUCUUCCGGACGUCAAGAUAUGGAAAGAAUUCGAACAAUUGGGUUGGGCGAAAAUCAGCGAAAAACAUAAGGAAUUUGCGAUGGAAUGUGCACAAAGUUGCACCCGAUUUUUGAACAAUAUUCAUUUGUCCGAUGCGAUGUAUUGCACAACGAUUGUCAACGUGACCAGAUAUGGAGAGGUCUCGAAAGGAAAAGAACACAUUGUGCUAGACAUUUUGUGUUGUCAACAAACUGCACCAAUCGAGCACUUGAUAGCAAAGUUUACAGCUGAAAAUUUAAAACCAUUAAAUUAA